AAAUACAUUGCCGCGUGUGGUGGACAAACAGCGACGGGAAGAGAGGGAACUCCAAAUCUUCGUCCUUCCUUUUCUGGAGCGCCUUGGAAGAAACCCUUUCUACUUCAAAUUUCUUCACAAAUUCUUUCAUUUCAUUCUGAUUGGUAUAAAUUUGAUCGAGGGGCGAUUCUUUUUUCUUAGCUUAAACAAUGUUAAACAGGCUUUUUGGUAAACCUAAACAAGAAGCCAAUGCUUUGGCUACGUUAGACAAGUUGAACGAGACACUUGAAAUGCUGGAGAAGAAAGAGAACGUUCUUAUUAAGAAGGCUGCUGCAGAGGUUGAAAAAGCUAAAGAAUUCACAAGAGUGAAGAAUAAACGAGCGGCCAUACAGUGUUUGAAGAGGAAAAGGCUUUAUGAACAGCAAGUAGAGCAACUUGGAAAUUUCCAAUUGCGUAUCCAUGAUCAGAUGAUUAUGUUAGAAGGCGCAAAAGCUACAACGGAGACUGUAGAUGCUUUGAGAACAGGAGCAUCUGCAAUGAAGGCCAUGCAGAAAGCAACAAACAUUGAUGAUGUGGACAAGACGAUGGAUGAGAUCAAUGAGCAGACUGAGAAUAUGAAACAGAUACAGGAAGCGCUGUCAACUCCAAUUGGUGCUGCAGCUGAUUUCGAUGAGGAUGAAUUGGAGGCAGAACUCGAGGAGCUUGAAAGUGCUGAGUUGGAAGAACAACUUCUCCAGCCAGCCUCGACGGCUCCUGCUGGACCUGUCUCAGUCCCGUCAGGCCGAGUUCCUGCUCGCCCUGUUCCACAGAAGAGAACUGCUGAAGAAGACGAGCUGGCAGCUCUGCAAGCUGAGAUGGCCCUCUAACCAGGUGGUGCAUACGAGUAUCAUCUUCUGGCAGAUUGCAUCCGAAUCUUCUAAGCGUUUGAUUGAAAUUUUACACAAAUUACCCUUCCCUGCGGCAAGACAAUGUAUAUAUAAAGGUGCAAAAUUACUGGGAUCUUCAUCUUAAAAUCAUCUAAAAAUCUUAUACGAAUCUUCAAUUUUAAAUUAUUGGGAAAUCUAGGUAAUAUUUGAGUAA